GCCGGCGUGGGAGGAGGACGGGAACGGGGGCGGGAAGUGCCCGGAAGGAGCGAGACAGGGAGGGACAGGGCUGAGGAGAGGAAGGCGAUGCGACGGACAGGCGCACCCACUCAGGCUGACUCUCGGGGUCGAGGUCGGGCCAGGGGCGGCUGCCCUGGGGGCGAGGCGACGCCGUCUCUUCCUCCACCUCGCGGCGGAACCCGAGGACAGGAGCCUCAGAUGAAAGAAACUAUCAUGAACCAGGAGAAACUCGCCAAACUGCAGGCACAAGUGCGCAUUGGUGGGAAAGGAACUGCUCGCAGAAAGAAGAAGGUGGUUCAUAGAACAGCCACAGCAGACGACAAAAAACUUCAGUUCUCUUUAAAGAAGUUAGGGGUAAACAAUAUCUCUGGUAUUGAAGAGGUGAAUAUGUUCACAAACCAAGGAACAGUGAUCCACUUUAACAACCCUAAAGUUCAGGCAUCUCUGGCAGCAAACACUUUCACCAUUACAGGCCAUGCUGAGACAAAGCAGCUGACAGAAAUGCUACCCAGCAUCUUAAACCAGCUUGGCGCAGACAGUCUGACCAGUUUAAGGAGACUGGCUGAAGCUCUGCCCAAACAAUCUGUGGAUGGAAAAGCACCACUUGCUACUGGAGAGGAUGAUGAUGAUGAAGUUCCAGAUCUUGUGGAGAAUUUUGAUGAGGCUUCCAAGAAUGAAGCAAACUGAAUUGAGUCAGCUUCUGAAGAAGAUAAAUCUUGAAGUUACUGGGAGCUGCUAUUUUAUAUUAUGACUGCUUUUUAAAAUUUUGUUUAUGGAUCUGAUAAAAUCUAGAUCUCUAAUAUUUUUAAGCCCAAGCCCCUGGACACUGCAGCUCUUUUCAGUUUUUGCUUAUAUACAAUUCAUUCUUUGCAGCUAAUUAAGCUGAGGAAGCCUGGGAAUAAAGUUUGAAACAAAGAUUAAUAAAGUUCUUUGCUUAGUA